CUUAAAAUUUAAAUUCAGCUGAGCUAACGUAACGGCUAUACGGCUAACGGCUAUUUUCAAAAUCAAAAAAUUUAAAAAUGUCUCAUCUUAAAUAUUGGAACGACAUGAACAAUGUUCUGAGCCUAGAUGGGCCGAUAACCAAAGGGCCACAGCCUAGGUAUGAAAGAAAAAAGAGCAGCAAUCCCAGUACCAGCAGUAGUCUAAAUUCUUCCAAGCAAAGGUCUCUGUCAUCUUCUUGCAUAAACCUAUCGAAAACACCAUCUAAGGAUAAUGAAGGGCGCAGUAAAACACCUACGAGAACACCCUUACGUAAGUCAAAGACACCGACUCCAAACAAGAGUUCAAAGACUUCUGGAGGGGAUAGAUUUAUACCAUCUAGAGUUGCCAGUAACUUGGAGCUGGCCCAUUUCAAACUAUCUCAAGUAGAUAAUGCUGAUGAUAGCCCCUCUAAAAAAGAACUGAAAAGAGUAAUGAAUGAAAACCUUAAUGCAAACUCCAAAAUUCUUGCCUAUAAACAUAAAGCCCCAAGUGCACCAGAAGGUUUCCAAAACCCUAAUAGAGUGUUGUAUUCACAAACAAGAACCCCUGCAUCUGUUAAAAGUUCAAAUAGAUACAUUCCCCAGGCUCCAGAUAGAAUAUUGGAUGCUCCUGAUAUUAUUGACGACUAUUAUCUGAAUUUAUUGGAUUGGGGUGCAAAUAAUAUUUUGGCUGCUGCUCUAGGGUCUCAUGUGUACUUAUGGAAUGCUGGAACUGGCAACAUUGAUGAACUAAUGGCAUUAGAAGGAAAUGAUUAUGUAUGUUCUUUAGCUUGGAUUCAAGAAGGUGAUUAUUUAGCUAUAGGUACAACCCAAGGAACUGUAGAACUAUGGGACUGUUCAAGGGCAAAGAGACUCCGUACAAUGAAUGGCCAUUCUGCUAGAGUUGGUUCUCUGGCCUGGAACUCGUUUAUUUUAACUAGUGGAUCAAGAAGUGGACAACUUAUUCAUCAUGAUGUAAGACAAAAAGAACACGUCUUAGCUACAGUGCCAGCUCACACACAAGAAAUAUGUGGUUUAAAAUGGUCUCCAGAUGGAAAAUAUUUAGCUAGUGGGGGCAAUGACAAUGUCCUAAAUAUAUGGUCAGCAGUUGGAGGUGGUUUCCAUGCAGGAAACACUCCAUUGCAUGUUUUCACACAACAUCAAGCGGCCGUAAAAGCACUGGCUUGGUGCCCUUGGCAACCUCAUAUUUUAGCUAGUGGUGGAGGUACUGCUGAUAGACAUAUUCGUCUGUGGAACAAUAACACUGGAACUUGUGUUAAUGCUAUUGACACAAAAUCACAAGUAUGUGCCUUAUUAUGGGCACAAAACUAUAAAGAAUUGGUAUCAGGACAUGGAUUUGCCAAUAAUGAAGUUAUUAUUUGGAAAUAUCCAGCAAUGACCAAGGUUGCUGAACUUAAUGGACAUACUGCUAGGGUGCUCCACUUGGCUAUGUCUCCUGAUGCAACUACUCUCUUGACUGCCGGAGCAGAUGAGACUUUGAGAUUAUGGAAGUGCUUUAUUAAGGACCCAGUUAAAGCAAAGGACAAAGAAACUGGCGUCAGAGCAAAAGCCGGCGCACUCCGGCAAUGUAUUCGAUAGAUUGUAACAUAAUAAUAUGUAAAUAAUCGCAUUAUUUACUUUUUUAUACUGACUGACUAUUAUUCUCAAAUAAUAGUAGAAUAUAGAUAUUUAGUUGUGAUUGUUUUUGUAUUUCGUCUACUUAGUUUUUAUAUUAUUUCUACCGAAUAAUAAUUAUGAUUAGAAUAUUUUGUUUGAUCAUUUUAAUUGAUAAAUUAUUGCUUGAA